UCGACGCGCACGACAAUGUCUGUUCCACCACAACCUCUGCCACCAGCCCGAGCGCGCCCGGGGGGACGGAAGAAAGUCCAGCACGACGAUGCCGCGUAUUUCAGCGCUGGAGCGGGGGUGAAACGACAUGCAGUGGAUCGAGUGGAUGGAGAGCCACGAACGAAGCGGAAACGCGUUGUAGACACGACCGCAAUGGUUGUGGAAGACGUGCGGUCGUCGCUGGUCGAGUUUAUCAAGAUGCCAACACCUGUGUUAUAUCGGUAUCUGGCGCACUACGACCUUGUUCCUGACGUGUAUCCUUCUCCAAUAUCCGCCCAUGACCCUCCCCCACCGGCCUCACUUGAGCGGCAGUCUUCCCAAGCUCCGAGUCCCCCGGGCGAGGCAAACACGGCGAACAGAUCACGUCGGGAAUCACAUCAACUGGGAAGAAGACGAAGCUCUCGCCUAUUGGACGACGACACACUGGGUCGGCCGCCUAUCAUGUCUGAUGUGGAUGAAUUGCACAGUGUAUUGGCUGCCGUUGCCGAGAGGCAUUUUACUGAACUCUCUCCACUGACUGGAAGAGAGGAAGUCGAGACGUUGGCUAGCUUUAUUUUUUACUCCCUUCCCUCCCCCUUCGUCACUUUCAACGCAGCCGUGCUGCCUGGCUUCGUUCAGUCUUUAGCUAAUUUCAGUGAAAUCCACGGUUCAUCCAGCAUGAAGUUCUCUUCCUCGUUUUCGGUUCUUGUCGCUAUCGUUUGCCUUGUGACCGACGUCACGGCUCUCGUUGUCCCAGAGGAUGCGGGUCUCGUCGCUCGUCAAAACAGGGGGCAGAAUAAGAACAAGAACAACCAGCAGAAGAAUGCUCAGGCCGCUCAGGCUGCUGCCCAGAAGGCUGCCGCUGCCAAGGCCGCCAAGAACAACGCCAACAAAGGGCAAAAUAACGGCCAGAACAACAACGCCAACAAGGGGCAGAACAACGGCCAAAACAACGGCCAGAACAACGCCAACCAGGGCCAGAACAAUGCUGGUGGUGGAGCUGCCGCCAACAACGGAAACGCCCAAGCAUCUCUGACUCUUGAUCCCCGUGUCCUCUCCAAGACCGACAAUGGUCAGAACCCACCGGUCGCUGGACAAUCCGCUGCCCUCGUCUCAGCCAAUAACUUCAUCAACUUCUGCCUCCAGACCCCCAACCUUGCUAUCACCUCUGGCCAGCAGAUCGAAGCUGGUUCCUGCAACCCCAUCCCCAUCGGCCAAAUCCCUGCUAAGGCCAAGAUGCCCUCGAGCAAAUUCCAAUCGCCCAAGAACAACGACAACCUCACGGCCAACCAGACCUUCACUGUUCAGCUUGCGGUGAAGAACAUCCAGCUCGGCGACUUUACGAAUGCCCAGAAGACUUACUUCGCCAACCCCCAGACGCUCAACAACCAGGGUCAAAUCAUUGGCCACACCCACGUCGUUAUCGAGAAAAUCGACUCGCUCACGUCGACACAACUCACGGACCCGACCAAGUUCUUCUUCUUCAAGGGUAUCGACGGCGGUCAGAAUGCCCAGGGCAUCGUCACGGCUACCGUUGCUGGCGGUGUCCCACCAGGUGCCUACCGCAUGGGAACGAUCGUUUCUUCCGCCACCCAUCAACCGGCCAUCGUCCCCGUUGCUCAACACGGUCUUCUCGAUGAUGUUGUUUACUUUACUGCGACUGCUGGCGGUGCGGGCGGCAACAACAACGCCGCUCAGGGCCAGAACAACGCUGCCGCCGGUGGUGCUGCUGCCAACAAUGGCCAGAACAAGGGAGGCAACGCUGCUCAGGGCCAGGCGCAGAACCAGAACAAGGGGGGUAACGCCGCUCAAGGACAGAACCAGAACAAGGGUGCUCAACAAGGCCAGAACAAAGGUGGAAACGCCGCUCAAGCAGCAAAGGGCAAAGGCCAAGGCAAAGGCAAGGGUCGCCGGGGUGGUAAGGGUCGCCCAAGGUCGCUCUAA